AUGGCAUUUAAGUGCAGUGCGUGCGGUAAAUACAUGUCUCCGCAAGAUGGCGCUAAUGUUACUUGUACAAAGUGCAAUAAACAGCUAGCUCGUGCGUGUGUAGGCAUCGCAGUGGGCGCUUCACUAAUGCCAUCCUGGGCUUGCCCUGUAUACAAAUUGAAAGAAAAACGUUGCAACAAGGACACAACGCCGGUAAAACCCUCAACAAUGACUGUUGCUAAUUCGAGUGAGGUGUCAAACCUCGGGGAGGAAUUCCGAUGUUUCCGAGAAGAAAUGCGGCAAACCCGCGAAGAAUUUCGGGCAUUCAUAGAAGAACUUUGGGACAUAAGAAACCUUGUCAGCAAAUGCGAUGCUAUGCGAAUGCGGAAUGCGAUGCGAUGCGAAAGCUCGAGAACACGGUCCAAACUAUCCUGGAAUCACAAGAGCAAUAUGGCUCUUAAGGAUUCAAAAUUGAAAUCCUAA